AUGAAGCAAAUAACCAUGCGUCAUGGUGCGAUUGCUUCUGCAGCAAUUUGCGUGACUCUGCUAUCGCCAGCUACCCUCGCGGAUGCAGGGCGGGUAACUCAGUCGACGAGCUAUUGCGAGGCGCGAACGAUCAAUUAUAUAACCCAUAGUCUGCCGCAAGCGUGUUUGACGAACACAUGGGAGUCGUCAGGGUCGAAAACCCAGCAACUUAUCCCAUCAGAAGCCUCUUCAGCCCCGACAACUAUUCCCAGCUCUAGCGAGAACGACGCACGCGAUGACCAACCACCAGCAGCGGUUGCAGCCCCCGCCAACGACAGCGAAAACCCGGAUGCUGCACCAACGCCUUUUAUGUCAUUCGAGGACUGGAAGGAGAUGAUGUUGAAGCGAACGGGGCAAGAUCCACAAGCGUUAAAGAUCCGCAAACCGAACGACCCUAAAGAGGAACGACAACGAUAUUCCCAAGACGAAUCCUUUGGCGAUGAGGACGAGAUUUCCUUAAAUUUCAAUGAAUAUUCGAAUUUUGAAGAUAACAAAGAAUCAACCAGAGUUCCUGGAGAUUCAAACGAUAUGUCAGAUGAUGAAUCGACAAAUUAUGAGGUUGGCAAGCCGGCUAUUCAUCGCAAUAAGGACGCAGGCAAAACUUGCAAGGAAAGAUUUUCUUAUGCAUCCUUCGACGCUGGCGCUACUAUUGUGAAGGCGGGCGGAGGAGCUAAAAAUUCCAAAGCCAUCCUCGUUGAAAAUAAAGAUAGCUACAUGCUGAUGGAGUGCGCCACUGCCAAUAAGUAUGUUAUUAUCGAGCUAACUGAUGACGUUCAAAUUGACACGAUCGUGCUCGCCAACUUCGAAUUUUUUUCUAGCAUGAUUCGCCAUUUUCGAGUCAGUGUUAGCGACAGGUACCCUGUCAAACUUGAUAAAUGGUUAGAGCUGGGCACUUUUGAAGCAAGGAACUCCCGCGACAUACAGCCAUUUCUCGUGGAGAACCCACAGAUUUGGGCCAAGUUCGUGAGAGUAGAGUUCCUAACUCAUUACGGAAAGGAAUACUACUGUCCUGUAUCGCUUCUGCGUAUCCAUGGGUCUAGGUUGUUAGAUUCCUGGAGGGAUAGCGAAUCAGGUGCCGACGAUGACUUAUCCUAUGAAGACGAAGCCGAUGCCGAAUCGACAUUUGAAGAACCUGAAGCCCUGCAAGAUCAUCGAAAUAACUCAACGGAAGAAUCUGAGUCAAUUGUUGAUGUCGAAGCAAUGUCACCAUAUCGACCGUUAGCAAAUCCGUUCAUGUACUAUGAAACGAUUUGCAGCUCGACUAUUGAUACAGUCGUUCAAGUUGAAGCGACGCAUGAAGUCGAAGAGAUUCGGACUGAAGCUAGUUCGGAAAUUAUCACUUCUUGGAACGAUGAACGUCUUCCAACAACGGCUGCAACUCUGAACCAAAAUCGAUCAAUUAACUCUACCGCUGCCGAAGCAACCACAACGGCUGAGGCGACGCUUGUACCGACCGCCGUAGACACAGUUGUCAAUGCAACGACCGAAGUUAUCGAACAGCCAAUUCAUGUUACAAGCAAUCUUACUUUUGCUACUGCCACUACAUCUCAAGACAAUAAGAGUGUCUCGCCAUCCAAAAAUACUACCAUAUCAAACCCAGUACAGGGGAAAAACAAUACGAACACCGCUACCUACUCAAGCAAGAAUACUACCAAUCCGAGCACGAAUAGUCAGGGCGGCAGGAGUUCCACCGGCUCCAACACAGGUGUUAACAAGAAUUCCACCGCUGGGACGCAGUCAAAAAGCAGAGGGUCAACAGCUUCUGGGCCAACAUCUGCAUCUCCAACAGCUCAAGAGGGUGUCUUUAAUGCAAUGGCUAAAAGGCUACAGAGUGUUGAGAGCAGCCUUUCUCUGUCACUCAAAUAUAUAGAGGAGCAGUCUAAACAUUUACAAGGAGCGUUUCAACAAGCCGAGCGGCAGCAGUCAACGAAAGUAUCAAGCUUUCUAGAACUUUUGAACUCUACUGUCAUCGCAGAGCUUCGAGCUGCCCGUGAACAGUAUGAUGAGAUCUGGCAGUCUACUGUUCUUGCGCUUGAUGGACAACGAGAUCAAUCAGAAAGAGAUAUUCUUGCCCUCAGUAGUCGACUGAAUUUGUUAGCAGAUGAGGUUGUCUUCCAGAAACGAAUGGCGAUAGUCCAAGCCGUCCUUUUACUGUCUUGUCUAUGCCUAGUGAUUUUUUCGCGUGGCGUUCCCCUUCCAUAUACAUCGCCCUCUCAUGACCAGGCUUUCGCAUCCCAAUUUGCAGAGAUUUUAGCGUCAAUGCAGCGACCAGAGAAUCCCAACUCUGGAAGUCUUCUCCCUCGACCUACGCCCUCUGAUAUGUCAUCCGACCAUCUUCAGAGCCCCCCGUCUUCGAUAACUAGACAUCACGAAGAGUAUCCUAAUCACAUAUCCGCACCAGCGCCUAACCAUGCAGAACCGGAUGAAUAUGCAUUUCAAUGCCCUUCCCCAUUACUUACACCAACUCGAGAUGAGGCGGUGGGUGAUGAGUGGUUGGAUCCAGAGCGCAUGUCCCAAUCGCGUGCCAGCUACUCGAGUGCGAGGAAAAAACAGCUUCCAUCGCUACCAGAGAAUUCUCCGCCUCGGACAGAUUUAUAG